AUGAACUAUAUAUCUAUGGGUCAGCGUAUGGCUCAACGAAUACGAAUCGACCAGUCGCAUAGACACCAUGCCAUCACCAGCAACCACCUUGUAGACUUGAGAAAUGAGACACAUAAUCAUGCCUUGUCAGCACAGUGUUACACCCGUUUGUAUUGUCCAAAGUCGCUGGGUGUGCAGCUCCACUUCUUCCCCAAGCCUUCCUUUCUUACGUCACUCAAAUCGCCCUUUCCACCUUUUUACACAAUCCACACUCUUUCCCUCACCAAAAAUACAAAAGGCAAAGGGGGAGGCGCGAUGGUGAAGCGACUCGGCUCUGAAGGUGGGGAACAAAUGGUAACCAAUGAAGAUGUGGAGAAGCUGCGGGAGGAGGUCGCAGAACUGCGCAAUCAUGUCCAUAUGGUGGCAGCGGAACACGAAAAGCUGCGGGAAGAGUAUGAUGAAUAUCGGAGACGACCAGUCACGUGGAAGGCAGUUAUAAACUGCGAUAAGAACGCACCACUUGAAUGUGAUGACCCCGCAGACGUGAUUGUUGUCGACGACCCGGGGUUUAAUCUGAAAGAACUCUCAUCACUAAAGGGCGAUGUGGGAGAAUUGCGCCUCCGACGGUGUUGUGGACGCCUGGACCUCGAGUUACUCAGCAAUCAAGGGUUAUACCUGUUGGAAAUCGGGCCGGGUGCUGUAGCCAACAUGUCGUGUAUCGGUAAAUUCCCCUGCCUCCAAACGCUUAUCCUGCAUGGUACACGGCUGGAUAACGAAUGGGAGAAAGGUGUGGAGUCCCUUGAGAAACUGCGUGAGAUUGUAAUGAAGAAUAUCUCGAUGUUACAGGAUGCCAAAUUCUUAGGGAAUGCCCUGUUUCUCGAUAGCAUCACCAUUGAGAACUGUCCCAACAUGAAUGCCUUCACUGACACACUGACGUGGCCAAUUCUCAGACGAUUGGUUAUUACCGGAACCUCCCUUAUCGUUGGCAAUGGACUUGUCGAGUAUUUUCAUGAUUGUGUGUCGUUAAAGGUGCUGCGGCUUGGGGAUUGCUCGGCGGUGCAUAGCAAGAUCUCACUGAAAAACUGCAAGAAAUUGGUGGAGUUAUGUCUUGACAAUGUGGGUGUUCGUUCUACGUUCGAGUGGGGAACCGAGCUGCCGUUACUUCGUGUGUUGCGCCUGACGAAUAGCAGUGUAACGGAUGCCGAUGUGAAGGCACUAUCAGCAUUCACUACGCUCGAGGAGGUGAUCCUCAGCGGGAACAAGGAAAUUGUUGACAUAAGCCCAUUGACCAACCUGAGGUCGCUGAAGGUGUUGGACCUCAGCCUAUGCAGUCGUGCAAGAAUUGUUGGCCCUGUGGACUGUGCGCCACCGCUGGAGAAGCUCCUAUUGCGGGCUACUGCGGUGACUGAUGAAUGUGUGGGAAAGCUGUACAGCACAUCCCUGAGCGAAGUCGACCUGCGAUUCUGCUCGACACUCAGUAAAAAGACUUCUAAGGCCAUCGCAUCCCUGCGGAAUCUACGCAGGCUGUUUUUGGAUGACUCACCCGAGGUGGUGUUCCCCGGGCGGAGAUCUCCAUUGGAGACCCUCGGGUUGUGUAGCGGGUCUGCUUCCACCACCACAUUGGAAACCAUUUGUGAGUCGGCCACGAAUCUCACGUGCCUUCGACUCUGGUACUGUGGUGGGGAGCUGAACGUAUCGAAGUUGGCAUCGCCGAAGAAACUGAGGGAAUUGUAUAUUUGUGGGCUGCGCAGCGUCUCCGAAUUUGCUGCCAUCGCCUCGCUGCCGGAGCUCAGCAAGUUGAUACUCGAGGGUCCCUUCGUGGGGAAUAAGGAAAUUGAGGACCUCUCGCGGUGUGAAGCACUGCGGUCGCUAUGUGUGAGAAACGCCAAGCACUUGACACACGUUGAUCCUGUAUUUGCCAUAAAGACUCUCGAGGAGUUGAGUUUGAGUGACUGCGAGUUACUCGAAAAAAUCAGUGCCGACAAAAGUGCCAUCCGGUCUUGCGUUCUGAGACUCUGCGCCAUCCCUAUUGCAGCGGAGGGCCUCAAGAAGCUGGCGUCCCAAAAGGCCAUUGGGAGGUUACUGCUGGAACGGUGUGGCUCAAUACGCUUGGAUGAUAUAAUCGGUGUCCCAUGCACACUCACUGACUGCAAGGAGAUUGUCUGCGACCACAUGCCGAUACCGCCGAAGAUCCACACAGUGCGUACGCCUGUCGUGGUGCUCGAGUCCGCUAAGAAUCGUCACGGUUGGUAA